CAUCCGAGAUGAGCACAGCUCCCAGCAGUAAGCAGCUUAAAAAUAAGAAAAUGUCGGCACUUAACAUUGACGGCGUGUGCUCAGUUUUGAGCAUGCUGCAAGGCUACUUGCCGUUCUCAUGUUGCUCUGAGCAACCCAAAGAGGACUCUAUUGAAGAGAACAUAUUCUUCGAUUCUGCUGUCGUUGACCCAGCUGCCGUGGUAGUUGAAGACAUUUCGAAAAGCAAGCCUGCUGCUGCAGAGUGCAAGAAUCUUGCCAGCCCCGACAAGAAGUCUGCCACAUUGAAGAAGCAGCCGAAUGCAGCCGAUUAUUGGUUUGACAUAGGCCGCCGCUCCCAUGCCACCUACGUGUUCAAUGGGGAAUACUCACCCGACUCCACUUUUGAGAUGGACUUGGCCACCCUAGAGGAGGAGUGGAUCAAGUUUAUGAUGCGUAAUGUCGAGCCGGAACCUCCUAUGAUCGUGGCACCCCUUCAAGAAUACGAAUUGGUUGCCGAAGUGCAAUUUAUUCGCUUCACACUCGAUGGCAUUUUGUGGCUGACUGAUGAAGAUUCUUCCGAUGAAGAAGAGGAUGAUAAGUCUCGUUGUAGAAGCAUUUCUUGUUAAUAUAUUUUAAUAAUUGUUGAGAUUGUGCAGGGGUUCAGUUUUCUUUUUCGAUAGCCUUUCGCUUAUGGCACAUUUGUACAGAG